CCCUUUGACAUUCGGUGGAUUAACAGGUCACUGAGCAACAACAUGGUGAAAUACUUUUCAGUGGACUGGCUGGCCCAGAGCCACGAACACACCGCGGUGACGGAGGAUGCUGCCCCGGCCUGCAGACCUCACAUCCCCUGCAUGGUACAGCCCUGUCCGCCGACUUUUGGCAAGAGUUACCUGCAGCCAAAACCCAGGGCCACUAAGCCCGUUGAAUCAGUAGAGAGCAGCGGGCAGGACGCCAACCUGUGCUCACCUUUCCAUCCAACAAGUUGCACCUCACCAAUUUCAGAAACCAGCGGGUAUUCCUCCGGGUAUGAGAGCGAGGCGGCUUCCUCUGAGUGUCUCUCUGUGGAUGAUGGCAGCGAUGCGGAGAAAGACGCAGCGCAGCGCCGAGUGCGCACCAAAUUCACCCCCGAGCAGAUCAACAAACUGGAGAAAAUCUUCAACCAGCACAAAUACCUUGAUGCUGGAGAGAGGGUGAAAACAGCACAGAAGCUCAACCUCACAGAAACUCAGGUACGAACCUGGUUUCAGAACAGGAGAAUGAAGCUCAAGCGGGAGGUGCAGGACUACCUGGCUCCCCAAAUCUCCCCGGUGAUGUUCCAGCGUCUGCCCCCGCUUCAGUACCACAGCAUGGCCGGACAGCGACCCCACUUCCCGGCCACCGGCCCGGCCUUCUACCCGCUCACGGUCCCGCAGCUGGUCCUCCAGCAGCACAUGCGCCCUCCUCACGUCAUGAUCCACAACCCUCAUUACUACUGA